AGCUGCUGUCAGGAUGAGCGUGAAGAAGACGCCAUGGAGACGGUAGCUGCGUUUGAGGGGGAUCUGCGGUUAAUAUAAAACAUCCAUGGAUCUGCGGGCGGUCGGGGACGAAUAAAGCUUUCUAGCUGCUGCCAGGACCGCUGUCUGCCUGCGCGCCUGUCCUGCGCAUCUCCCGAGACCACGGACGGGGACGGAGCUGGGCGGAUUGAGUUUCCUGAAGCGUCUCCAUCCACUGAUCAUGGUGGACUACUACCAGAUUCUGGGAGUACGGAGGGAUGCGGCCGCCGACGACAUCAAGAAAGCAUACAGAAAGCUGGCUCUGCGGUGGCACCCGGACAAAAAUCCCGACAACAAGGAGGACGCUGAGAGGAAGUUCAAGGAGCUGUCGGAGGCUUAUGAAGUCCUAUCUGACGCCAGCAAGAGGAGCAUCUACGACCGCUAUGGCAAGGAGGGGCUGACGGCGGGCAGCGCAGGGCGAGGGGGACAUUACCACAACGGAAACCAUUUCCAUGAACCAUUCACAUUCCGUAACCCAGAGGAUGUUUUCCGGGAAUUCUUCGAUGGCAGAGAUCCAUUUGCAGAUUUUUUUGGACCAGAUCCAUUUAGUGAACCAUUUUUUGGCAAUAACCGACGUCACCAAAAUCGGGCGAGUCGCAGCCGCGUGGGCACUUCCUUCUUCGGAGGGUUCGGCUUUCCUCCGUUUGGUGCCGGCUUCACACCUUUUGACCCCAGAUUCGGUUCUUUUGGCUCACUGAGUGCCAUGGGCCACAUGGGCCACAUGGGUCAGAUGGGCCACAUGGGUCAGAUGGGCCACAUGGGUCAGAUGGGCCACAUGGGUCAGAUGGGCCACAUGGGUCACAUGGGUCAGAUGACAACCAUGGGCAGUCUGGAUGGAGGUUUCACCUCCUUCUCAUCUUCCUCCUUCGGAGGAGGCGGAGGAGGGAGCAUGGGCAACUUCCGCUCCGUGUCCACCUCCACCAAGAUAGUCAACGGCAGAAAGAUCACCACCAAAAGGAUCCUGGAGAACGGGCAGGAGCGCGUGGAGGUGGAGGAGGACGGCCAGCUGCGCUCCCUCACCGUCAACGGGAAGGAGCAACUCCUGCGGCUGGAGCACAAGUGAAGAAUAUUACCUCACAAACCCCUGACACCUGAACCCAAUCAGAACUGUUUCCUCAUCGUGCUCCACUGGUCCUGCGAUGUCCAUACUGGUCCUGCGAUGUCCAUACUGGUCCUGCGAUGUCCAUACUGGUCCUGCGAUGUCCAUACUGGUCCUGCGAUGUCCAUACUGGUCCUGCGAUGUCCAUACUGGUCCUGACGUCCCCCUCGUUUGCUCCCAGGCUGAGUCUCUUCUUCACGACUCAGAUCACAUUAUUUGAAUGCAAACCCUCCUAUGCAUCUUGUGCUGUGUUUUCUGGACUGAGCCGUCCUGCAGCUCGGUCCAGUCCUUCAGCUCGGUCCAGUCCUGCAGCUCGGUCCAGUCCUGCAGCUCGGUCCAGUCCUGCAGCUCGGUUCAGUCCUGCAGCUCGGUUCAGUCCUGCAGCUCGGUUCAGUCCUGCAGCUCGGUUCAGUCCUGCAGCUCGGUUCAGUCCUGCAGCUCGGUUCAGUCCUGCAGCUCGGUUCAGUCCUGCAGCUCGGUUCAGGGCCGGCCGUAUUUCUCUGACUGGGACCACGUGUGAUUCUGACGUGACCGGGCCGAUCUGUCGGUACUUCCUGUCAGCACUCCGCCGCGCCGGCCCGCGUCCAGCACCACACUUUUUUUCAGAAAACAAAGCACGACUGCUUUUUCAUCUGAAAUAAAAAGGUUUGCUUUUGACUCAAACAAAAUAAAGGUUGGGAAUGACUGAGGUGUAUCUCUGCCCUCCACCCCUAUCCAUCACUUCUUUAGACUGCUUUUAGUCAGUAUUUUGUAUUAAAAAAUAAAGUGCAAAGCUGGAUUGAAUUACACAAUUUUAUGUUCUUAUUUAUUUAAUGUGUGCAUGUACACUUGAAGAUGUUGUCUUAAUGUUAAAACUGUGUUAAGAUGUACGGAUGACAGAACGCUUUCUGUAAAUCAUGGAUGAAUAAAAUAAGAGUUUUGCACCAA